UGCCAGACCGUCUACAGUUAUUCCAGGAAUGUGUUGAACAUGGCUGCCGCGAUGAAGGCGCAGAAAACGGGACUGCUUGAACUUCGAAUCACCGUGGACCGCUGGAUCCGAGUGCUGGCCACGCUUACCGAGGACACUCUAAGUGUAAACCCCGGCGAGGGCGCAGAGGAGCGCGCAAAGCCAAACCCGAGUCCCGCAGGUGCUGUCAACGGAGACCCUCCGAACCUCAGCUCGUCCCCGGUCCCGGAAACCAUCACCAAUGUGAAGCGCACCGUGAGAGUGACCAAACAAGAUGUGGGAGGACUUGGAAUUAGUAUCAAAGGUGGUAAAGAAAACAAGAUGCCCAUCCUCAUUUCUAAAAUUUUCAAAGGCCUUGCUGCUGACCAGACUGAGGCACUUUAUGUUGGAGAUGCCAUUCUGUCCGUCAAUGGAUUUGACUUGCGAGAGGCCACGCAUGAUGAGGCUGUGCAGGCACUUAAAAAAACCGGCAAAGAAGUCAUCCUUGAAGUGAAGUACAUCAAGGAGAUGUCUGCAUUUUUUAAAAGCUCUGGUUCCCCUGGGGCAAACCUCCCGUGGGACUCCCCCCCUUCUACACCUCAGAGGGGCACUGAGGUCUCCCCCACCGAGGUAAAAGAGCCUCGCAGCAUCCCAGUGAAGAUGUGUCAGGUGUCACGGAAACAGUGCCCCCCAGACACAGAGAACAGGUAUUUUGAGGUGAUUUCAUCCAACAGAAAGAACUCAAUGUUCCUGCGGGCAAAGGACCCAGCCAUGGCUCAGUCGUGGUACAAUGCUAUCCAAAGUGCUGCUGCCGCCCUUUUACCACAAGUGAAGGAGGAGAUGAAGAGCAUGCAUCCUGGCAUAGACGUCAAACAUUUGGGCUGGCUUACAGAGCAGAUGUCGCAGGGUCCAGAGAAACCUGUCCUUGCAGUGUUGACAGAGAAGGACCUUCUUCUUUAUUCCUCCUUCCCUGAAAGCAAAGAUAGCCUGAGGAACGCCGCCAAGAGUCAUAGCCUCAUCACAACCAGAUUGGUCCACUCUGGUCCUGGAAAAAGCUCCCCUCUUUUGGACUCUGAGCUGUCGUUCGGACUGCGUUCAGGCACCAAGCAGGGCGUAGAGACUCACGUGUUCAGAGUGGACUCUGCUAAAGAACUGUCCAUAUGGACUCAUCUGCUUGUAGAGGGUUGCCACAAUGCUGCAGAACUCAUCAAGGAGGUUACAGCAGCCUGCAGCUGGAAUGGAAAGGAGUGUAUGCUGGGAGUGCACAUCGAUGACGGCUUCACGCUAUUCACAGAGGAAAUGGGUGUCAGGAAAAAUAUUCUCUUCCAGCAGCCUUUCGAGCGCCUACGAAUGUCCUCAGAUGAUGGAGUCCGUAUGAUGUUCCUCGACUUUGGUGGCCCUGAGGCUGAAAUUCAACUGGACCUUCGCUGCUGCCCAAAGACCAUAGUGUUCAUCAUCCACUCUUUCCUGUCUGCUAAGGUCAAGCGACUUGGUCUCCUGGCAUGAUAAAGACCGGC